AUGGGCUCAAUUAACCCCCAUCAAAUCCCACCAUCACCGCUACCCUCAAAAACAUCCACCACCCCCUUCUGGCGCGCCUCUCUCCACGCCCUCGACAACCACCGCACCACGCCCUCCCUCCCCCAAACCUGCGAUAUCCUCAUAAUCGGCGGCGGCUACGCCGGAAUCGCCGCAGCAUACCACCUGCUCGCCUCGCCAGAAGCAAAAGCCAAAUUCGCAUCCGGCGCUCCAAAACCCAACGUCGUCCUCCUCGAAGCACGCGGCGCGUGUUCCGGAGCCACGGGUCGAAAUGGGGGACACUUACGACCGUCUGUGCAUACGCGACUGCCUAUGUUGAUUGAGGAGUUUGGACUGGAGAAAGCGGUUGAGUUGUGUGAGUUUGAGGAUGCUCACGUGAGUGCGAUCGAGGAGGUGGUGGAGAGGGAGGGGAUUGAGUGUGAGUUUAGGGUGACGAGGAGUUUUGAUGUUUAUACGGAUGAGGAGGAGGCGGGGAGGGCGAAGGAAACUUAUUUGAGGUUGAAGGGGGAGGGGGUGGCUAAGAGUACGAUGGAGGGGUUGGUUUGGAUGGAGGGGGAGGAAGCUGAGAAGAUCUCAGGAGUCAAAGGAUGUGUAGGCUGUUUCACCUUCUCAGCAGCAUCACUCUAUCCCUACAAACUCCUAACCUCCCUCCUCCACAUCACCCACACCACCGGCAACCUAAACCUCCAAACCAACACCCCAGUAACCUCCCUUACCCAAUCCUCACCACCAACCUCUCUUGAAUCCUCAUCAAACACCUGGACCGCCUCCACCCCCCGAGGCACUAUCACCUCCCCCCAAAUAAUCCUCGCAACAAACGCCUACACCUCCGCCCUCCUCCCCGAAUACACCACCAAAAUCGUCCCCUGCAAAGGAAUCUGCUGUCACAUUGUUCCCUCCCCCUCCUGCACACCCCCAGAGCUAGUCAACACAUAUUGUCUCCGUCUAUAUGGCGGCUCCCACGACUACCUGAUCCAGCGUCCCGACGGCUCCAUCAUCGUCGGUGGCGGACGCUCGCAUUUCUUGGGUCAUAGGGGGGAGUGGUAUAACAACGCCGAUGACUCAUCCUUAAUCGAACCAGCGAAAUGCUAUUUUGAUACGUACAUGCAAGAUCACUUCACAGGCUGGGAAGAGAGUGGUGCGAAGGUCCAAGAGAUUUGGAGUGGCAUUAUGGGGUAUUGCUCGGAUGGACUGCCGCAUGUUGGGGAGGUGCCGGGUCGGAAGGGGGUUUGGGUUGCGGCUGGGUUUGAGGGACAUGGGAUGCCGGUUAUUUGGCUGACGAUGAGGGGCGUGGUGAGGAUGAUGGAUUGGGGGAGUUGGGAGGGGAGUGGUGUGCCGAGGGUUUAUGAGACGUCGAGGGAGAGGUUGGAGAGUGGGAGGGAUGAUUAUAGAGCCAAAGUUUAG